AAACAUGUUUUUUUCUUUGUUUUUGGCCGAAAAACGCGUUUUUGUGUUUCUGGCGAGAAAAUGAAUUUUUAGCAGUAAAACAUGUUUUUUUUUGGUUGGAAAACGCGUUUUUGUGUUUUUGGCUAAAAAUACGUUUUUGUGUUUUUGGCGAUAAAACACUGGUGAGAAAACGUGUUUUUGCGUUUUUGGUGGAAAAUACGUUUUUUGGCAAUAAAACGUGUUUUUGUUGUUUUGGCGAAAAAUGCAUUUUUACGAUUUUAGUGGAAAAGAACUGUUUUAUCAUUUUUUUGUGAGUAACAGAAUGAUAUUAGAUUUAAGUUUGUAAUUUGGAAAUUAUAUUAAGGGCAUAAUAGACUUAUACUAUUUUUUGAGAGAUCCAUCGGUCCAAAUUGAUUCAGUUUGAUAGACUUUAAAAUUAAACAUAAAUUUCUGUAAUUCAACCAGAUGAAUUGCAAUUUUAAGUCUAAACAAACAAAACUAUCAUCUUCAUCCAGAUAAAUCAUUUCGAAUGUGAAACAAACAAGCCCUAUGAUGUUUAAGGUGGAACAAGAGAAACUGCUUACCUAUAACUGUAAGAAUUUGCGAGGGGUUCUUUAGGGUUGACACAUAUGAGUUAUAGAUGGGUCAAACAGUGUGAAUCACCAGAUGCUGGCAAGUUGAAACCGAUGUUCCAUUAUUAAUAGUAACCAUGGAAUAAUGAGCUCCAGGACGAACCUCACGGACCUCGUAGCAUGCUGUUCUCAGCUGUUGCCUAGUAGCUCUAUGUAUUGCUGUCAUAAAAGUUUAUACCAAUGCAGUCACACAAUGACAAUGUGUUUGGAUGCUUGGAGCCGUGGAUGAGACUAGGCAUGGGCAUUCGGGUCGUGGGGUCGGGUUCGGAUCGGUUUCUUUCGAGUUCGGGUCUUUCAGGUCUAAGAAUUUAGGAUUCGAUAGGGUAAUUUCAAAUUCUCGGUUCCGGAUCGGUUCGGAUCGUACCAGGUUCGGGUCGGGUCGAGUUUUAGAUAGUUGGACUCAUUUGGGUAACUAGAAUUUAUCGGUUCGAAUUCGGUUCGGUUUCAGGUCGGGUUCGGUUUGGGUUCGAUCUAAAAAAGACCUAAAAUACAAAAAAAAAAUAUCUGAAAAUAUUUAUAGAUCCGAAAAUAUUCAAAAUUUUAUUCAAAAUUUAUGUGUUUUAUUAUAUUAAAAUGUGUAUAUAUAUUAAACUAUGCGAGAUACAACAACAAUUCAUUGUUUCUUAGUGGUUGACCCCCAUGUUCUCUAGACAAAUAAUUCGUCUUUGAUUCUCUUUUGGUGCAUUUUAUUUAAUUUACAUUAUUAAUUCGGAUACCCAUCGGAUUUCGGGUUUGGGUCGGGUCGGAUCCAAGACCCACGGGUCCUCUGCAACUAGAUCCGAUAGGAUAAUUUGAUCGGGUCGGUUCUUACCCGAACUGGGUUUUUUCGGAUCGGUUUCGGAUCGGGUCUUCGAGUACAUGUAAAAUGUCCAGGCCUAGAUGAGACAGCUAGCACUCGGGAAGUCGUACUAGUAGAAGAAAAAUUACACGAAGAAGCAGUCAUUAUUUCGCUUACGUGGCCGUGUGAAAAGUUUUGACUGCCAACGUGGGGGAGAUCAGAGUAGCAAGCCGAAACUGAUCUAAAUAUCGAGUUCGGGUUUAGUAAUUUAGGGAGACUCGUCGAGCUUCCCGCUUGCACAUGUCAACCAGAGUCGCCGUCCUCGCCAAAUUCUCUUUAACUCGGAGCUUUUGGGCCCAUAACUGCGUAAAUACCUAUAGCGUUUGAGAAGAACAGUUAAAUUUACUGAAGAAUGAUUCUAUAAAAGAAGAUUAUUAAGGAUAUAUACCUAACAAUCAGACAGAGAACAAAAGAUUACGUUUGAUAUCAUGUGAAAUUUUCUCUCUAAUGAUAAUUCACAACAUGGGAACAGAAUCUUUGAUUUUUAAGUUCAAAAAAAAAAACAGAAUCUUUGAAAGCAUUUUACCAAAAACUGCUUACGUUUCUUAUAACAACAUAGGUGGUGUAGGCUAUUGAUGCAUCAACAAUUCGGAACAUAUGUAAAAAAAUGUUUUAAUAAGAAAACAUUAGCGUCUCAGUGUGUACGCGUGUAAAAAUAGGUUAUAAUUUUAUUACAGCACUAAAUGAUGUUUAACCAUUUAAUAUCUGGUUUUGCCCGCAUAUAAAACACAAUCAACCGUUAAUACCAUACCCUACACCACCUAACCAACUGUUCUCUUGAAUCUAGAACUGCCUAAACAUGUGGACUCUUAUUGUGUAUACCUAUUAAUCUAUAUAUUUAAUAAAUGCAAGUAUGCAACGUUUAUAGGAGGAUGUGCGAAAUAAACAAGAGAUUCACCUUAUAUUUUCUACCUAACUUUGUCUUGAAUGUUUCUUUGAAUAAAUUUAACAUUAUAUUAAAAAAAAAACUGUCUUGAAUAUUGAUAUUUCUAUAUCGAAGUCAAGCAAAAUCUCAGUACGGAAACAAUGGACCACGAACGGUAUAUCCUAUUCAUUUAUACCGCUCAACUGUACAUCCAACGGUCCACACUCGCACUCUCUUUACAUCCUACACGUCUAUAGUAUCUCAUUUUCAACGUCUAUUGUGUGUAGAUUUGAAGUGUAAAUAGUAACAAUACUAGGUCGGAUUUGAACUGUGGAUUGCCCACACUCAUUUAUUAUCUAACCAUUUUUUGCACUCUGCAAUUAUUUUCUAGUAUUAUAUAUAUGCCAUAUGGUCAUCCAUGUGAAAUUUACAAAUAGAAAAAUCUAGAAAAUAAGAUAGAUAAAUACAAAAAAUAGUAGUAUAAGCACAUGUCAUUUGCUUGCUUUUACACACUCCAUGCAAAUAAAGAUCCUUUAAUUCUUCCGCAAACUUCUCUUACACUAACAAAGCAUCAAUUUUCCAAAAAUAGAUGCUCCCAGCUUGUCUCCUCUUUCGUAUCUGAAGAAGCUUCGUGGUCUUCGGACAUAUCCAAGAGAGGGAGUUUUGCUAGCUCACGUCAAACACCUUACAACACAUUUAACGACGAUGUCUGAAAGAUCAGAAGACGACACAAACGGAGUCAUCAGAUCCUCAAAGGUAAUCGUAAAGGAGAGCUCCCAGGUCAAUGCAUCGUCAAGAAUCUAUUACUACGGCGGAGCUUCCGUGCCGUUUCUGUGGGAGACACGGCCAGGCACACCAAAACACCCUCUCUUCUCUGAAUCAUUUCGUCUUCCGCCACUAACGCCGCCUCCAUCAUAUUACUCCUCCUCCUACGGGAACAAAUUGAGCAAAGUUAGACCGAAACAAACUCGGUUCGUGAAGGCUUUUUUCAACGGGAAGCAUCACAUGUCUCGUCCUUCGUUUUCUUGGUCGUCUUCGUCCUCUUCUUCUUCUUCUUCUUCCUCCUCUCCUCGGUCUAGAAUUGUGCAUCGUGCUAAAACAUGUUACCUUUCUUGCUCGAGAUCGUAUGUUAGGAACGACGACGAGGAAGAGAUUGGUUCGUCGUCGCCAACAUCAACGUUGUGUUAUAAAAGAGGGUUUAAUUCAUCAAUGGGGAGUAUGAAGAGAGCUUUGUCUUCUGUUCUUAGCUAUCGAUCUAGUCGUAAUGAUCUUAGAUUGAUUUAAUGUCAUCAUGUUAUCUUAUUUCGGCUGUUGUUAUAGAAAAUAUAUAGGAUCUUGAUUUUAAGAUCCAUUUUUAAAAGUGUUUUGGCUUUUGCCUCUUUAAACACAUAGUGUUUGAUUGUGCCAAUGCUGUUCACGUGUUUUGAUUGCUCGUUGUUGUGAUUUUCAUAAUUUGAUUGUUUUUAGUUUAUGUAAAUUUAGUGAAUCUUGUUGGUACGCUUAAAUUGAAAAUUAACCAACAGUGGACUAUA